CAACUGAGAAGAGAGGAAACUUCGGUCACUUGAGUGGCGCAGAACGUUUGAGAAUUUACUAGAAAUCAUGGCCUUUCGUUAUGUUUUGGUUUUAUUAUUUGCUUCUGUCACUCUGCUGAAUUUUAAGGAAGCUCAAGGUAACUGCUGGAAAACAUGGAGCAGGUGCUCGAGAUGGAGUAGCUGGGGCACUGGAAGAUUGUGGAAGACCUGCAAUGACCGCUGCAUUGAGCUGGGUUACCCUGGUGGAAGUUGUCAGCUGUGUCCCAGUACUUGUUGGAUGACCAAAAAAGCUUACCAGUGCAGAUGUUUUGGAACCGGGUCCUGCUGAAACUGCCUCAUGGCUGGUUGUAAACAACAACAACAAUUAGAAUUUGAAAACAUUGGAGCUUUUAAACCAAUAUAGAUGAUCAAUGUUUGCUGUU